AGCUAUAGUUUGAUAAAAAUGUAAACAAAUCAUUUAAUUUAAUUUGUGAUUUCAUGCCUGCAGUACAGCUCCUUUGAGUUGUGCAUGAUUUGUGAUUUCCUUUUUUGAUGUUUUUGUUAAAUUUCUUAGCCUACAAUUGCUGUAUUUUCUCUUCCAAUCAACUCAUAUUUUCUCCUUCUUAAGCAAUUUCAUUUGCUUUGUUCCCACAAAUUCACUCUUCCAUUAGCUUUAUUUUAUCCAGUGUGCAGAUUCUAUCAAGAAUUUCUUAUAGCUUAAAUACCUAAUUAUAUAUGGCAACAAAAACUAAAGAAAGUAGUACACUUGUUGGGAAUGAGAGGAAGAAGACAGCACCUUCUAUCACAACCACCAAAAGGACCACAAAACCAUCCACAACAAACAAGAGUAACUCAACCACCUCAUCAGAGAAAAACAUCCCAAACUAUCUAAAACCUACAACAAGUUUCAAACAACUCAAAACUGAGACUCCAAUUAAGCCUUCUCCAUUAAGAAGAAGAUCAUUAGACAAAUCACUUUCAUCUUCAAAUUUAACAGCAACAAAACAAAAAGAAACCUCUUUUUCAAGACUUCACAAAACCCUUGUUUCUCCUGGCCCUAGAGAAAGAUCUGCUACACUAAAUAAUAGAUCUUCCAAUGUUCCAGUUAAAAGUACCAACACUUCAAAACCUAUUUCAAAUAAGACACCAAGUGAUGCAAAAACUAAGCUAGUUGGGAAAAAGGUUAUAAAUAAGAGUGCUUUUAGUAGAAACAAUUCUACUUCUAAAACCUCUAAGAAGGUAGCUAAUGAUCAUGCUUCUGAUAUUCCUGCAAAGAUCAAAGCUGUGAUUACAUAUUCUGAUUCAUCAAGUGUUGAAACUGAAGAUGUUAAAGAGGUUACAAACCAAGAAGUUGAAGUGAUAAAAGUGGAGAAUGAAGAAUAUGUAUGUCAUGAGAUUUCAACUGAUGUCAACUCUGAAUUACCACAACAGCAUGAACAUGAUCAAAUUCUUGAGGAUUCUGACAUGUCUCAGAAUCAAGCUGAUGAUGAGAAAGUCAUUUCUACGGUUUCAGACCAAGAAGUAGAAGAAAAGGAGUCACAAGAAGAGGAACAUGAACUUGAGCAUGAAGAGAAAGAAAACAAUAAUGAGAAUCAGACAGAAGAAGUUGAUCAUUCGGAGGUUGAAAGCGAAGUUUCUGUAAUUGAAAAGGAAGAAAAUGAAAGUGAGAAUCAGAUAGAAGAAGUUGAUCGUUCCGAGGUUGAAAGUGAAGUUUCUGUGAUUGAAAAGGAAGAAAAUCAAAGUGAGAAUCAGACAGAAGAUGUUGAUCGUUCCAAGGUUGAAAUCGAAGUUUCUGGUAAUGAAAAGGUAGAAAUUGAAAGUGGGAAUCAGAGAGAAGAAGUUGAUCAUUUUGAGGUUGAAAGCGAAGUUGCUGUGAAUGAAAAGGAAGAAAAUGAAAGUGGGAAAGUAAUAGAAGAUCAAAAAAGUGAGAACAACAAUGAAGAGGAACAUGGAGGUGAAGAGAAGGAAGCUGUUGAAGGAGGGGUUAGUGAAGAAGUUGAAGAAGCUAAGAUUGAGGUAGCACAACCAAAGCAACAACAAUUAGCAGUAAAAGGGAAGAAUGAUUUAUCUCAAGUAUCUAAUGGUAUGAUUGAGGAAACUGCAAGCAAGCUAUUGGGGAGGAAGAACAAGGUUCUUGCAUUGGCUGGAGCAUUUCAAACUGUCAUUGAUCAUCAAAUCAAAUGAACCAUGCAUGCAUGCCACACUUGUAUUAUUUUAUGUGAGACUAUACUUUGCUGACACUCAUUUUGGAAUUAAAGGGAACAGUGUGAGAGAAGUGAGAGUUAUACUCAUGAUUGAAAAAUCAACUUUUGAGAUUUAAACAAAUUCUUUGUUAUAUAUAUGUGUGUGUAUGCUAUUGCAAUUGCAAUUAUAAUUUCAACUCCUGAUUUUCCAAGAAAUGAUUAUAGCUCCUCAUUUUUCCUUCUAACUUUCUCAAUUCAGAAGACAAAAUCUCAGGAGUAGGAAGAAAGAAAAAACAAGAACAAAACAAAAGAGUUGAAGAAUUUAUUCUGAUGUAUGAGUGCUAUACCAUUGUAAACUACGUAAAUUAUUCAGUCUUUUGACAAUUUGACAGCUCUCUUCCUUUUGUUCUUCACAAACUGCAGUAAUGCAAAGCUUGUGUUUGAUUCACCAAGAAGAUAUUAGCUGAUAUUAUUUGACGAUUAUGAUUGA